AUGGAGCCCGAGAUGCUUGAGCCCUCUUGGUCAUUCUAUGGAGGCAUAAGCUCAAUUUUUGAUCAAGUUGAGUCUUUUGACUUCAACAUGGAUACUUCAGUGUUCACUGCUUCAGAGGAUACUUGUUCUGAGAUUGCUUCCAAUCUCCCCUUUCCUUCUACCAUCUUCCUCGAUAAUCAUGUCUACUGUACAAUUGAUGAGAACAGCCUUCAAUUCCCAUCAUUGAUUGAUGAUUUCUCCAUGGAUCUUGAUGGUUUUGAUCCCACUUUGAGUUCUCAAAGUCUGGCAAACCAUGGAUCUGCACAAGAGCUUGAGGGAAGCUUUCCUUCAAAGAAAUUGUGUUUUGAGACAGAAGAUGUUUGGACUUUGGAGUCCAACCCCAUCUACGCAACCAGACAUGUCUACACCAUCAGUCAUCAUACCAGCAGAGGACGUGGAGAUGGAGAACCAGUUGAGUCUUCCUCAUGUUCUGGAAGCCAUUGGAGAAGCCUUAGAGCAAGGACAGAACACACUUGCACAAGUGAUUCUGAGACGCAUCAGCCACAAAAGCAAGGGAUUUUCAUCAAACGGGAGGCCAGCAAAAGCUUCUUCCACGCUUUUAAGGCUAUCUACCAAGGCCUCCCACACGGCAAAACUGCUCAUUUUGCGGCCAAUUCAGCAAUUCUGGAUUCCAUACCAGCUGAUUCAGAAGUCAUACAUUUAAUAGACUUUGAUAUGGGAGACGGUUGUCAAUGGCCUCCAUUGGUGGAGGCUAUCGCUCAACUGCACAAAACUUUGAAAUUGACGUCAAUAAGACACGAAGAAGAGGACAAUCUUGAUGCUGAUUUUGCUUCAACCCAAUGGAAAUUUAAAGAAACCAGAAGGAAGCUCUAUGAGCAUGCCAAAUCAUGUGGUUUGAAGUUGAAUGUGGAGGAAAAGAGUAUAGAGGAAUUGGCGACAGAUCUCAAGAAAUUGAACAAAAGGGGAGGGUAUGGAAAUGGAAAGAGAAGUUUUGUGACCUUCAAUUGCAGGGCGGGUCUUCCACAUAUGGGGAGGGUCAGAAGUAGAAACCAUGUCUUGGAAUUCCUUAGGGUAGCAAAAGAUUUCAUCAAAAGCGCACCUUCUAACAGGGGAAUUAUAGCUUUUGGUGAUGGAGAAGCCUGUGAGAAACUGAGAAACAGCAACAACUUCUUGUCAUUCUUCAAUGGCCAUCUGGUGCAUUACCAUGCUUCUUUAGAAUCCAUAGAAUCAAAUUUCCCAUCCCAAUUCUCGGAGGCAAGAACAGCUAUGGAGAAUCCAUUCGUAGCGCCGUGUAUAUCUUGUGAGGAUUGGUUUCAUAAGUGGGACGAGAUGAGACAAGACGGAAAUCUUCAAGCAGAAAUAGAUUUAGGGGGUGGAAGCUUGAGGGAAGAGACAUUAACGGAAGUUGGAGAAAUGCUGAGAGGAAUGGAAGGGUGGUAUGAGGUUAAGAUUGAAGGCAAUAAUGGCAACGAGAUGGUUCUGCAAUGGAAAGGAACACAGCUUCUGAGAAUUUCAAUAUGGGCAAAUUGA